AUGGCGUACAAACACCAUCGACACCGAACAAUGCGGCUACGCAAACAUGGACGCACAGCCCCCACCACCACCCUUGCCUCUCCCAUCUCUCCACCAGCUGCUGCCCGCCCACUUCAAGCGUCAGCAUCUGACCCAGACUCUUCCACACACAAACAAGCCAAUGACGCCCCACCGGAAGAAAAGCUGGCCGAACGACACCAAGCAGCCGAAGAAGCACGCAAGCUCGCCAAAGCCAACUCACUCCUCAAUUCUCAAGUUCGACAUGCUUCGAUCGAUGCUAGCUCCCUGAGACCGGUGGAUUCGAAAAUUCCGACAAAUCUGGCAAGUGUCACGGGUGAGAAGGGAUCUUAUCUGGCUAGGUUGGCCGCCCAGGCUGAGGCGGAGAGUAGUUUGGCACUGGCAAAACGAAAGCACAAGAGAGUUGGGGAUGGCGUGGAUGAGGAUGACGAUUCUGAUGAUGAAGGUCCACAUAGACAUCAUCGACCAUCAGCACAUGGGAUCGUGAGGAGCAUGGUGGAAAAGCAUCAUCGAAAGGUGGAGAAACGGGAGAGAAGGCGUAGAAGAGAGAGGUUGAGAAGGAUUGCAGCACUAGACCCGCUUAAGGAGGGAGAGAGAGAACAUGGACAGGCGAAAGAGACGACUUUCAUGGCUCUCAUCAGAAAGUACGGUGGAAUUGCACAGGAAGAUGUAGGCAAGUGCAAACCUUCGCUUGCUCACAAUGAUAGUGAGCUGGGAGGAACAGACACCAUCACCCCCAGCUCGGAGGGCAGCUCGAUGGACGACGAACAUUCCGCCUACUUGGUUGAUACACUUGACGUUGUCGAUCCAGGUGUUUCCGCUGCGGGACAUCUGUCGAACAUCGGAAACUCGCUUAUCUUCCCCAACAUUCCCGGCUUGUACGAUCGUCGGCCCGUCAUAGACCUUGCCGCACAAGAAGUCGACUCAAAGGCAGCAGAAACAGAAGCUACACUGCAACUCGAAGAAGGCCGUCACUGCUCCCCUCGCACCUCUUCUCAAGACCAAGACGAUCUUCACCUAGACGCGUACGUCCACGAAUUGCUCACCAAACGCCAAAAGUUCGCCCGAGCGAUGCAGGGUGUAUGGGCAUUCCUCAAGACGCCUGUUGGUGUUAUUGCCGGCAUCUAUGGCUUCUUGGUUGUGUUUGGUGGUGCAGCACUGGUGUUGUUCUUAGUAGGAGCGAUUGAUGGAGGGAAGAAUAAGGAUUACUGGGUCGAAGUGUGGAGUCAGUUUGAAAAUGGACUGUUCACCAUCCCCGGUGUUGGGUUGAUUCCUUGGAGGCUGAGAGACACGUACAGGAUGGGAUGGAUUGCGUAUUACCAACACCUAACUUGGCGUUUGCGCAAGAAACAGGGCUUGCCCAAACUAGCAGACAAAAACGACCUUCCCUCCAUCGCUGCCCCAUCUAAACACGGCAAACAUCAAUCCAACACCGAAGACUUGGACUCGUCUGAUGACGAAGAGACUACCACCAUCACCCGCGAACUAGCCUCAGACGCAGUCCUCUCCGCAAGCCAAGCCGCCCACUUGCACGACCUGCAAACCCUAUUCGCCCAAUCCCAAUCCUGGUAUCGGCCACAUGAGACAUUUACCCAUCAUGCAUUCUCCAUCUCCUACGCCCUUUCGAUUACCAUCCUCAACGAUCUCAACUCUCUCUUUCAAUGCUUGUUGUGCGGAUACAUGUGGGGAUAUGCAACGCACUACAGAGAUCGACCUGCUUGGAGUACUGGUACUUUCAUGCCCUGCUCCUUUUUAGCUGGUAUCGGAGCAGCGGUCGUGAUUUGGAAGGGAGGAGAGAAGAGUAAGAAGAAGAAAGAGGUUGAGGAGAAACUCUUGGCUGCUUUUGCGAAGGAUAUCGAUGCAAAAGUGGAAGAGGCGAAAAGGGAGACCGAGAGACGGGAGGGAGAGCAGAGGGGGAUGGUAAGCAUGCCGCUGCGGGAAGAGAAAGAGGGAGAGGCGGGCAAGGCGGUAGAUCUCCAAGCCACGCGAGCCAAGGAGAGCGUUUGCGGAGACUAA